AUGUCUGAAUUUGAGAAGAUUGUGAGAGAUAUUGUAUUCGAUUCCCCUCCAGAGGAAAUCUCUUUGGUUUACGAUAAUCUACAAGUGUUAAGCGAUGGUCAAAGCAAGCAACAGAUUGCUUCAAUUAUCCAAGAAUUCAAUGAGAAGCACAGAGUGCCAGCUGCUAAGGGUGAAGAGAGAUAUCUUGUGUCUGAAUACAAUAAAUCUGGAAGUAAAUAUUUCGAUCCAGUAAACAAGGUUUUAUUUGCCGUAGACCAUAUUACCCGCGAAGCUAGUGAUAUUGAGGAAUAUACCAGUGAAGAUGCCACUCAGGUACAAUCAGACCUUUACGAUGAAUUGUCUAAAUACGUUUCAAACUUCUUCCCUGAUACAGCUGUGUUCAACGUGUUUAAGAUUCCAGAGAGCGACCAAUAUGCCAUAAUCGUUGUCAGUAACAAGAAAAGUUUAGGUGAUUUCUGGACUGGUUACUGGUUAUCAGAAUAUGUGUAUGAUGUCGAUGGGGAUACGAUCUCUGGCGAAGUCUCCGUCGAUGCUCAUUACUUCGAAGACGGUAACGUUCGUUUCAAAUCAACUGCUUCCUUGGAAUCAGCACAGACGGAUUCACCAAUAGUAAGCAUCAAGCAGUUUGAGAACGAGUUUGAAAAGAAUCUCAUCAAUAAGUUCCAGUACAUGAAUGAAACACAGUUCAAGGGAUUGAGAAGAAGAUUACCCGUGACUAGAGCCAAGAUCAACUGGGGACAAGGGAUCGGUAAUUACAGAUUGGGAAGAGAUGCUGCUCAAGGUGCAUGA